AUGGACGCUCAAGAACUCUCGCAGUACCUGGCGGAUGCCCCGCCUUCGGUCGUCAGGCUCGAGGUCGAGAAGCAUUUUGACGCCCUGACGGACAAGCAGAAGCGCUAUGCUCACUUUAUCAGCAAGGCUUCCUUUGCUGGUAACCGUAUCGUGCUGCGCCAGGUCUCCCCCGAGUCUGAGUCCAUCUAUGAUUUCAUCAUUGCUCUGCACAAGGCCUCUGGAGGCGACUGGAAGGCUCUGGCUGAGAAGGCCGGCGUUGAUGAGGCCGGCUUGAACGCCUUCCUCCAGUAUGCUGCACAAUUUCUCGGCAACAGCGGAAACUAUAAGAGCUUUGGUGACUCCAAGUUUAUCCCCCGCUGCGAUGAGAAUGUCUUUGCUUCCCUGGCUUCCACUUCUCCCGAGGCCGAGAAGCAUUACAAGGCCACCAACGGUGCUAUCUUCUCGACUGACAAGCCCGGCCUUCUGCACCUUGGCUUUACGGAUCAAGGUCACCUGACCACUUACUACCCCGACUCUCCUGAUAUCACCAAGGAUGAGAUCGAUGCUGUUGCUAAGUGGAUGCAGAAAGCCGGCUUGCUUCCUGAAAACACCAGGUUGCGCAAGACCAAGGACGGGAUCUUUGAGCUUCUGAUUGCUUCUGCCGUUACUUCCAUCCCCAGCGAGGGUGGUGACAUUGGCAAGGAUUCCGAGUACAAGAUCACCGAGGGCCCUCUUGAGGGUAAGACCAUCAAGUUAGUUUAUGGCGACUAUGCGGCCGAGAUGAAGGCUAUUACCGAGUACACCAAGAAGGCGGCCGAGAACGCGGAGAACGAGACUCAACAAAAGAUGCAUACCGCUUAUGCCAAGCCCAUGGUUGAGUGCAACAUCGGCUUCAUCGAGACCUACCGCGACCCGGCUGGUGUUCGUGGUGAGUGGGAGGGCUUCGCAGCAGUUGUUAACCAGGAAAGGACACGUGCUUUCGGAGAGCUGGUUAGGUCUGCACCUAGUUUGAUCCCUCUGCUGCCGUGGUCCAAGGAGUUCGAGAAGGACAAGUUCCUCUCUCCUGAUUUUACCUCUCUUGAGGUUUUGACCUUCUGCGGGUCUGGUAUCCCUGCUGGUAUCAACAUCCCCAACUACGACGAUAUCAGGCAACAGGAAGGCUUCAAGAACGUCAGUUUGGGUAACGUCUUGAGCGCCAAGGCUCCUGAUGAGAAGAUUCCCUUCAUUGCCGAUAGUGAUCUCGAGGUUUACAAGAAGUAUCGUGAUGCCGCCUUUGAGGUCCAGGUCGGACUUCAUGAGCUUACUGGUCACGGCUGUGGAAAGCUUCUGCAGGAGACCUCUCCUGGAGAGUACAACUUCGACCACACUAACCCACCCAUUAGCCCCGUGACCGGCAAGCCCGUGACGACCUGGUACAAGCCCGGUCAGACAUGGGGUUCCGUAUUCGGUGGCCUUGCUGGCGCUUACGAAGAAUGCCGUGCUGAGCUUGUUGCGAUGCACUUGAGCUGCGAAUUCCAGGCUCUCAAGAUUUUCGGCUUCGGUGACGGAACUGUUGAUAUGGAUGGCGAGGCUGGUGAUGUUCUAUAUGCAUCCUACCUUAGCAUGGCACGGGCUGGUCUCACUUCGGUCGAGUUCUGGGAUCCCAAGAGCCAGAAGUGGGGACAGCCUCAUUGCCAGGCUCGCUUUGCCAUUCUCAAGUCUUUUCUUCAGGCAGAGGAUGACUUCUGCAAGCUUGAGUAUGAGAAGGAGGAUCUAUCCGACUUGAAGAUCAAGCUUGAUCGCUCCAAGAUUCUGACCAGCGGUAGAAAGGCUGUGGGAGAUUUCCUCCAGAAGAUCCACAUCUACAAGUCAACCGCUGAUGUCGAGAAUGGUACCAAGUUCUUCACCGAUAUGUCCGGUGUCGGCUUGGAAUACUGGGGAACCAAGGUCCGCGAUGUCGUCCUUAAGAACAAGCAGCCCAGAAAGGUGUUCGUCCAGGCCAACACUUAUCUGGACGAGGCUACUGGCAAGGUUAGUCUCAAGCACUAUGAUGCCACGCCCGAGGGUAUCAUCCAGAGCUGGGCGGAUAGGGAAUAGCUGUAUGGAUUUGUGGAUAAGGUCAAGGCUCUAUUGUGAUUGAGCAAAUGCAAUUGGAGCCAUUCACGAGACAUCCAUAACAAAUGGUAAGCUACCAGCCUUGUACGUCGAUUGAAACACCAUUCGCAAAAA